AUGUCUGAUGCGUUCAGUAAUGAAGAUUUACGAACAGGCGAGUUUCACCGUAUGCUAGAAAAGUUUAAUAUGACAGUCAACAGAAUUGAUAUCGAUAAGUGCACAACGGAUGGUACCGCCUUGGCUGGAAACGGAUGCUUUUUUGUUAUCAAUAUCAACGUUGAAGUGAAGCCUGAAUUUGGGAAAGAAAAUGGCUGUCCGUAUAUUCAGGGUAUUGUAUAUUACGAGAAGAAAGUAGCUCAGUAUCUAGAGACAAGGAAAGAACAACGUACACGUUUGCCUUGUUUUAUUUUGUACUUGGCAGGCCCAUUUCUCGGAGUUGCAGGGGUCAUUUAUGGCCAAGAUAAAAUAUUGACCGACCCUCUAAUCGGACCUAUCCCAUUGAUGUUGCUUCGAUAUGACAGAGAACAAAUGAUGAAAAUUGCGCGAGUGUUUACUGCUCUUGAAUCAGCCUAUAAAAUGCUUCACGAAUAUUACAAUUCGCCUGAGACAGGUCCACAAUCACUGUGGCCCUAUUAUCAAGCAUUUAAUUAUCAACACAAACAGGUGGAGUUCGAGUAUAUAGAGCAGCUGUAUGAGGAUAAGUUACUGUUUGUGGUGGAAACCAAACAGAAUUCAGACAUUCCUCGGAGGUUACGUGUUAAGUUCACAGAAUCAUAUGGGGAAGCGGUGCACAAAUUCUGUGCUGAUCGUGGGUUUGCCCCUAAACUAUUUGAGUGUUACAAGCUCUCUGAGCGAUGGAAAGUGGUAAUAAUGGAAUAUUCGGAGGACUAUGACAACUUGUUUAGUGUGUUUCAUGCAAGAGGUGAGUGGAAAGAGAAGAUUAAAAAGUUCAUUGAGGAGAUGCACCAUGCUGGGUUUGUGCAUGGAGAUUUGAGAAAAGCCAAUAUUCUCUAUCAAGCAACAGAUGAAUCUGUAAAUGUAGUGCUAGUUGACUUCGAUUGGGCGGGUGAGGCUGGCAAAGUCUUUUACCCUUCCUUCUUGAACAUCGAAAGUGUCAAAAGACAUCCUGAUGCAAUAUCUGAUAAGGUUAUCACUCCAGAGCAUGAUAUAUUUAGUUUUACGUUGAUGUAA